AUGGCUUUCGCGCUCAAGGCGCCCCCCUCCACGUCGUCCACGGCUACGUCGCUGAGCCACCCGAUGCGCCAACGGCAUGCGGCAGCCGUGACGGUGGCCGCGCCGGGGAGGCUUGUCGUCCGGGCGGUCGCGGCGGUGACCACGCCCGCGCCUUCUGCGAAGCGCGCGUCGCGGUCCGCGGCCGGCGAGCGCGGCCUUUCCGUGGCGGAGGCCAUGUCUCGGGUCAGGGCGAGUGGCAAGACGGCGUUCAUCCCGUACAUCACCGCCGGCGACCCCGACCUGGCGACCACGGCGAAGGCGCUCAGACUACUCGACUCCCUCGGCGCCGACGUCAUCGAGCUCGGCAUGCCCUUCUCGGACCCCUCCUUGGACGGGCCGGUGAUCCAGGCCUCCGCUGCGCGGGCGUUGGCUGCCGGCGCGACCACGGACGCCGUGAUGUCGAUGCUCAAGGAGGUGACGCCGGAGCUGUCCUGCCCCGUGGUCAUCUUCUCUUAUUUCAACCCCAUUGUGCGCCGCGGGACGGGGAACUUCGCUGCCGCUGCCAAAGAAGCCGGUGUCAAAGGUCUUAUCAUACCCGACCUUCCAUACGACGAGAUACGCGGUUUCAGGAAAGAAAUCGUCGAGAACAAACUAGAACUGAUUCUCCUUACAACACCAGCUACACCAUUAGAGAGGAUGAAAGAAAUCACAAAAGCUUCAGAAGGGUUCAUUUACCUUGUAAGUGCACAACACAUGCGCAAAAUCCUAACUUCUUAUUCCAAUUUUGGCUUUGUGUUACAGGAUCUUCUUCAGGAGAUUAGACAGGUCACAGACAAGGCAGUGGCGGUCGGCUUUGGCAUAUCAACCCCGGAACAUGUUAGCCAGAUUGCCGACUGGGGUGCAGAUGGCGUGAUCAUUGGCAGUGCAAUGGUGAAACAGGUGGGUGAAGCAAAUUCUCCAAGAGAAGGAUUAAAUAGGCUAGAAGUAUAUGCCAGGAGUUUGAAGAAUGCACUCCCAUGAUAUGAAAUUAACAUAGUUAAUUAUUUAGCGUGGCGAGCCAUCAUGGUGGUCAAAAUUUUAAUGGGUAUGUAGAAGCAUAGAAGCUAUUGCAAUUUUUGUGUCACAAAAAGACGGUACUGUUUACUUUGUGCUUCCUCUGUUCAUAAAUAUAAGUCUUUCUAGAGAUUUCAAUAUGGACUGCAUUCAGAGCAAAAUGAAUGAAUCUACACUCUAAACUAUGUAUAUAUGCAUCCGUAUGUAGUCUAUAUUGGAGUCUCUAGAAAUACUUAUAUUUAGGAACAAAGGGAGUAGUUAGUAUUUGCAUUUGCUUUGGUUACUUUGUUGUGCUACCUUGGUAGUGUUAAUAUUGAGUGAGUUGCACAAACUCCCAAUUAAACGGAAACUUGUAACAAUUUACCCCAACUUUUUUAUGCAUGUCUGGUAGGUAUCGCUCACAGGUCACGCGUCAAUAUGUAAUAUAUCUGCUCCUAUUUCUUACUUGUUUGAUGGAAUAAUCAUCAAUGGUUUGCCAGUGGCCUCUUGUGACAUUGAUAAAGUACCUUUCAUAGUUUCAUAUGGAAGCUACCAUGGUAAAUUAUGUGCAU